CAACACAGACCAACAGGCGGCGGCGGGCAAAGGCUGCGAGAAGGCGAGCUAGAAUCCCAGCAGCCCCAUCAUUUUGAGCAGACGGCUAUUCCAACCCCUUUGCUGCUGCCAACGGCCCUCCAGCUGUGUUUUCCAGCAUUUUCCUUCAUUUUAGGACAAUUCACCACAUUCGCUGAUAAUAAUUGUAUUCACUUGCACGGUACAGCAACUCGCACCGAGCGUGUUGCAUCCCUGCUGAGCCUGCUGCAUUCCAGCUGUACAUAAUCUCGGUUUUAUACCAGAGCGCGACUACAUACCGCCGCCUCAACACCCAGCAGGACUCCAUCCGCGCAAAGUGCCAACGUCAACUGCCACACGGCACACGGUUGCUUCUGGCUUGAGACCUCCACUCGCUCCACAGUCCCACGCGGACGCGUCCAUUGACAAUGGCUGCCAAUCCGCUCCAGCAGCCGUCGCUGGCGCUGCUGCCCCAGCACCAGCAGACUGACACAGGCCUGACCUCCGCGCUCGCUAGCCGCUUCCAUGCACACAUGCCCACGGCGACUCUCUCCUCGCAUGCCAUCAUCUCUCUCAACACAUACACAGACCCCAGCCGAGGGGUUGACGGUGGCGAGGAUGGCAGCGCUGUGCAGGCCGCCAAGGACCUCGCGGGGAGGGCAUACAUGCGCUUGGGACAGCGAUCAGAGGACCAGGCUAUUGUUUUUCUGGGCGAGACUGGUGCUGGAAAGACAACAAUUCGCGGACACAUGCUGAGACAGUUCCUCUCGUACUCUGCCACACCACUGUCGAAGAAGAUCGAGUGUACCAACUUCGUCUUCGAGGCCUUCACAACGACCAAGUCGCUCACUACGCCCUCCGCCUCCAAGUCCGGACUCAUGCUCGAGCUCCAGUACAACACCUCGACCUCCAACCACGCAACCCUGCUCGGUGCACAGUACCUCGUCCACCGACUCGAGCGAAGCAGACUCGCCUCCGUCCCGACUGGAGAACGCAAUUACCACGUGCUUUACUACCUUCUCUCCGGCACCAGCCCUGCUGAGAAGAAGCACCUGUAUCUCGACAAUGCCGGCAACGACGCCGCAGGCACCCGCACAUCGCUCGGCGCGAACAAGAGGUGGCGAUACCUUGGUCACCCAACGCAGCUGAAGGUUGGCAUUGAUGAUGCGGCCGGUUUCCAGGAGUUCAAGACCGCAUUACGCAAACUCGAAUUCGGCAAGGACAGCAUUGCCGGCAUCUGCGAGAUCAUAGCAACCAUCCUGCAUAUUGGCCAGCUCGAGUUUGAGACUGGUCAGUCGACCACUCCUUCUGCCGAUGAUAGUGGCGGUUACUCGCACGAGGGUGGCGAGACCAUCACGGUCGUGAAGAAUAAGGAAUGCCUGGUCCCAAUUGCCCAAUUCUUGGGCGUAACAAUCAGUGACCUUGAGGAAAGUUUGCGAUACAAGUCCAAGACGCUGUAUCGAGAGCGAGUCACGGUCAUGCUGGACCCCAAGGGUGCCCGUGCGAACGCCGAUGAGCUUGCUCGCUCGCUUUACUCUCUGCUUGUCACAUACGUCAUCGAACAGAGCAACUCUAGGAUCUCCAGCUCGAACGGUCAACUCACCAACACAGUUAACCUGGUGGAUUUCCCUGGAUUUGCCAUCUCAUCUGGAACCGGAUCUUCCUUGGACCAAUUGCUCAACAACGCUGCGAAUGAGUCGCUCAUGACUUUCUGCCAAGAAAGCUUCUUCCAGCGUCAGAUCCAGGAGAUGGAGGCGGAAGAGAUCAGCCUGCCUCCGCUACAGUUUUACGACAGUUCUGAGGCCAAGACUGGUCUCCUCAAGUCAGGAAAUGGUCUUUUGAGCAUUCUCGACGACCAGAUGCGUCGCGGCAAGACCGACAUGCAGUUCCUCGAGGCUAUUCGCAAGCGAUUUGACGGAAAGAACCAGUCUAUCCUCCCAGGCAGCUUAACAGUCGUCCAACCUGGCAGCAACUUCCCCACACCCAACACUUCCCCCUCUUUCACUGUUCGUCACUACGCCGGUGACGUCGACUACAGUGUGGAGGGCCUCAUGGAAGAGAACGCAGACACUAUUUCCGGUAACAUGAUGCAGUUGCUGCAAUCUUCGCAACAACCAUUCGUUCAGAAUUUGUUUGGACAGGAUGUGCUUCAGAAGAUCUCCCACCCAAAGGAAAAGUCCGCCAUCGUUCAGGCCUCAGUCAGCUCCAAGCCUACGCGCAUGCCGAGCGUGGCUCGUCGCAAGGCUGAUAAGACGGGGAGAUUUGGCCGUCAGCUGAACGUCUUCGACGAGGAAGUCUUGAGCGACACUGAAAGCAACGUUUCGGGCUCAAGGAAGAACGGCGAUUCUUCAUCGAAAUCGAAACAAACCGGAGCCGCUGGCCAAUUUGUCAGUUCGCUGAAGACCAUUGAAAACCAACUGCGCAAAGCCAACCCUUACUUUGUAUUCUGCCUGAAGCCAAACGAUCGCCGCAUCGCCAAUCAGUUCGACAGCAGAUGUGUUCGUCAACAGCUACAAGCGUACAGCAUCCCAGAACUCAGUCAACGGCUGCGUGUCGCUGAUUACAGCAUUUUCAUGCCUUUCGCUGAGUUCUUGGGCCACGCGCAGACAGACAUGGCUAUUGUUGGCAGUGAGAAGGAGAAGGUCGAGAUGGUCUUGGACAGCAGGCCCUGGCGGGAGAACGAGGUUCGCGUCGGUACCACUGGUGUCUUCCUAAGCGAGAGGUGCUGGCUCGAGAUUGCCAAUAUCGCAGAUCUGCCACCUACCGCCCGCGGUUUCACUGGCUCAGACGACAAUCUUUUGACUCCUGAAGCAGGCCGAUCCUUCGGUGACUCCCGCGCUGGCCUUCUUUCGACCCCUGGAGGCGGCGAAUAUUACAACGACAAGGGUGGAAACUACUUCGGUAGCAGAGACGUCGACGCCCGUUCUGAGGCUCCCUCUGGUGUCACUGGUGACAUGUUCCAUGGCCUGGAGCAGCACAACGUCAUCGACGAAAAGGCUGCCAACGACAAGAUGGAGGAAGUUGAUGUCGUCCCUAUCUCCGGAAGCCGUAAGCGAUGGGUCUUCAUGGUAUAUGCUCUCACCUGGUUCAUUCCCGACUUCCUCAUUCGUGUCAUUGGGCGGAUACCACGCAAAGACGUGCGAAUGGCUUGGCGCGAGAAGCUCGCCAUCAAUAUGCUCAUUUGGCUCAGUUGCUUGUCCGUCAUCUUCCUCAUGAUCGGGUUCCCGAUGUUGAUUUGUCCUACUCAGCAUGUGUACUCCACCGCCGAACUGACAUCUUAUAACGGUGAGGACGGCGCUGCUUCAUACGUUGGUAUCCGCGGUAUCGUCUACAAUCUUGACGACUUCAUCCCUGCCCACUACCCCAGCAUCGUUCCAUCAAAGAGUCUGGAGAAGUAUGCAGGAACGGAUGCGACCAACUUGUUCCCUGUCCAAGUUUCAGCACUAUGCGCUGGCAAGGAUGGUAGUAUUCAUCCAGGUGUUCAACUCAACUACAGGAACUCGAAUUAUUCCGAGACGGCAAACAACCUCAUCAGUACUACGGAUCAGAACGCCAAAUACCAUGACUUCCGUUGGUUCACCAACGACUCUCGUCCGGAUUGGUGGUAUGAACAGCAGGUCUUCAUGAAGGCAAACUACAUGAAAGGGCGUGUCGGUUACAGCCCUACCUACUUGAAGACUCUGGCUUCCAAGGGGAACGCGAUCGCCUACAUGAACAACAAGGUGUAUGACUUAACGACAUACCUACCUGGAGGCCGUAGCGUACUCUAUCCCCCUACUGAGGAGGCGGCAUCGGAGACACCGGACGUCAAUUUCAUGGAAGACAGUGUCACCGACAUAUUCCGUGUCCAAGCUGGCAAGGAUAUCAGCAAGUACUGGGACAACCUCAACCUGGACGUAACCAAGAAGAACAACAUGAAGGUCUGUCUCGACAACCUGUUUUACGUCGGUGAUCUCGACACCAGAAGCUCCGCAAAGUGUCUAUUCGCCAAGUACUUCCUUCUUGCAAUUUCUAUCCUCUUGGUUAGUGUCAUCGGUUUCAAGUUCUUUGCCGCGCUCCAGUUCGGUGGCAAGACAAUGCCGGAGAAUAUCGACAAGUUCAUCAUCGCCACGGUUCCGGCUUAUACUGAGGAUGAAGAGUCCCUUCGUCGUGCUAUUGACUCUGCUGCCCGGAUGAAGUACGAUGACAAGCGCAAACUCCUCGUCAUCAUUUGCGACGGUAUGAUUAUCGGUCAAGGUAACGACAAGCCCACUCCACGCAUCGUUCUCGACAUUCUUGGCGUACCUGAGGCUACGGAUCCCGACCCGCUCAGCUUUGAGAGUUUGGGAGAGGGCAUGAAGCAACACAACAUGGGCAAAUGUUACUCAGGUCUCUACGAGGUACAAGGUCACAUCGUACCUUUCUUAGUCGUCGUCAAGGUUGGCAAGCCCUCCGAGGUUUCCAAGCCUGGUAACCGUGGAAAGCGUGACUCGCAAAUCGUCCUCAUGAGGUUCUUGAACCGCGUUCACUACAACCUGCCCAUGAGCCCUCUCGAGCUCGAGAUGCAUCAUCAGAUCAGGAACAUCAUCGGUGUGAACCCAACCUUCUACGAGUUCCUGCUUCAGAUUGAUGCCGAUACCUCCGUCGCUCCUGACGCAGCCACUCGAUUCGUCGCAGCCUUCCUCAACGACACCCGCCUCAUCGCCAUUUGCGGUGAGACUGCUUUGUCCAACGCCAAAUCUUCAUUCACCACCAUGAUGCAGGUCUACGAAUACUUCAUCUCUCACAACCUAACCAAGGCUUUUGAGAGUUUGUUCGGUUCCGUCACCUGUCUCCCCGGUUGUUUCACCAUGUACCGCAUCCGCGCUGCCGAGACUGGCAAGCCACUCUUUGUCAGCAAGGAGGUCGUCGAAGCUUACCAAGAGAUCCGUGUCGACACGCUGCACACGAAGAACUUGCUGCAUCUCGGUGAAGAUCGUUAUCUCACGACUCUGCUGCUCAAGUUCCACUCCAAGUACAAGACCAAGUACACCAUGCGAGCACAUGCUUGGACUGUGGCGCCUGACAGCUGGUCCGUCUUCAUGUCUCAACGUCGUCGCUGGAUCAACUCUACAGUGCACAACCUGGUCGAGCUCAUUCCUCUCCAGCAGCUUUGUGGUUUCUGCUGCUUCAGUAUGCGCUUCAUCGUCUUCCUGGAUUUGAUCUCGACUGUCGUACAGCCGGUCAUUGUCGUUUACAUUGGUUACCUCAUCUACUCUCUGGUCUGGACCCCUGAUAUCGUUCCCAUGACCGCCUUUAUUCUCUUGGGAGCUAUCUAUGGUCUGCAAGCUAUCAUCUUCAUUGUCCGUCGCAAGUGGGAGAUGAUUGGUUGGAUGUUGAUCUACAUCGUCGCCACUCCCGUCUUUUCCUUUGGCCUUCCGCUGUACGCUUUCUGGCACAUGGAUGAUUUCUCCUGGGGUAACACUCGUGUUGUCACUGGUGAGAAGGGUCAGAAGGUCGUAGUCUCGGAUGAGGGCAAGUUCGACCCUGCCAGCAUCCCCAAGAAGAGGUGGGAGGAGUACCAGGCCGAGAUGUGGGAGCAGCACACCAUCAGGGAUGACCAGUCGGUUGUCUCGGGCUACACAUACGCCACCAAGCGGCCGUUCGGCGCUGGCUCUGUCGUCGGUUCAGAGUAUGGUGGCAUGCCGCCGUCCCGGCCCAUGUCUCACCUCGAUGUCCCUCGCUACGGCAACCACUCGCGUAUGAGCCUGGCUCCUAGCGGCUAUGGAGGUGACAGCAUGGAGAUGGCGCACCUACCAAGCGAUGACGAGAUCCUGAACCAGAUCAAGGUCAUCCUCGCCAACUCGGACUUGAUGACAGUCACCAAGAAGUCUGUCAAGCAGCAGCUCGAGCAAAUCUUCGGGUGCGACCUCACACUCAAGAAGGCUUACAUCGGCGAAGCCGUCGAACAACUGCUCCUCAAUGGGCAACUGCAUUAGUCGUGCAGUCCAGCAUUGUCCUCCUAGCGACGCGGUGACGGCCUGUCCACGCUUCACGACUCUGUUCAGCCUCCUCUGCAGGAGGCCCCUUCGCAAGGGGUAUGUGUCUCAACUAUCAUUACUAUUUAAUUCAGCUCAAGGAAGCAAGUGCGUUCAUUCUAUAGGCAAGGGCACCGGUGGCCGGUGAAGGCGUUGAUACUGUUACAUAUUGCAUUUGGUUUGAGCCAAUUCUGAUUGCUUUUGCAUGGGAUGGGUUAAAACAGGGGGUUACCAAUACGGUGCAAGAGUCAAGAGGGGUUCUGAUUUUGAUCAUCCUAAGUGCCUUCGCGUGCAUUCGUGCUGUGACUUGUUAUGCGUCUUU